AUGAAAAUGAGUUGUGACUUUUCAAAUAUGAAAAUUUAUGCACGCAAGAAUUCUUCUUCAACAACCUCUUUGAACAGUCGUUUAAGCACAAAUGAAAAAUUUCUCCCCAAGGAGACGAAUAUUCGCACGGAAAAAGAGCAAAAGGAUGAAGACAAAAAAGAUAUAAGAAUAGGUUUAACGUCGAGAUUUUAG